AUGGCCCAUUGGAGGGAGGAGUAUUUGGCUGCGUUGGCCGUACGGGAUCAGAGAGAAAAGGCCAACGUCGCACUCUAUGAGGCCUAUACUCACCUCGCUGAUCGCACCGCCACGCUUACAACCCCCAUAGGCGCAGCUGCCAGUCCUGCAGUAGAUCAGUCGUCGAUCCACAAAGAAACGCAGCGCACUGUUCCUUUGGGUGCGACAGCCAAGAAAGGAACGACUGAGACGGGGGUCUCGCCAACGGAGCUUUUGAAUGCUGCUCGUGCAGACUUAUCGGAGGCACAGCGUUUUCGAUCAGAGUUGCAGGACAAACUGAAUCGAGUGACGGCUGAAGUGGAGAAACUUCGCAAGAAAAACACCCAGGACGCUCGCCGAAUCAACGUAUUAGAAAGCGAGAGGCUGCAGUUAAAUUCGCGACUCAAAGACAGGGAUGAGGAGUUACGAGGCAAAGCCAAACUGCUAGAGGACUUCCAAGAUGAGAUGGCGACCUUGAAUCUCCAACUAAACAUGGCCGACCAAAAGUCAAAUAAGCUUCAGCAUGAGAAUCAGGAGUUGGUUGACCGCUGGAUGGCUAGAAUGGGUCAAGAGGCAGACGCUAUGAACGAUGCGUCCAAGUUUUCAUAG